AUGAGAGCUACAAUUCGAGCAGUACAUCCAGUAAAGCAAGUUGAAAUUUAUAAAUACAUUCUUUCAAAGUGCACUCCUCUAAUUGAUGCUUGGAAAUCCGGAAAUGGCGUUAUUGGCGAAUCAGUCCCUAUUCCUCAAUUUACUCCAUCAGAUUUAGCUAAUCUUUUUCAAGUCUCUCUCCAAUUGAUUAAACAACAACCUCCAGUUCUUAUUCUUUCUCCUGGCGUUAUUAUUGUUGGAGAUUUACACGGAAACUUCAUCAAUCUCAUACAUAUCCUCGCUCAGCAUGGAUUGCCUCCAGAACAAAGAUAUCUUUUCUUAGGGAAUAUCAUUAAUUUUGGCGAAUUUUCUUUAGAAACAAUUACUUUAAUUUACGCUCUGUUCUGCAGUUAUCCAUCUCAUAUCUCAAUAUUGCGUGGAGAUACCGAACUGUUCCCAAUCCAGACAAUGAACAGUUUAUAUUUUGAAAUUAAUAAUACUUAUCAAGAUAUCUCUUUAUUCGAAACAAUUACAAAUACAUUUGCAUUUCUCCCAAUAGCAGCUCUCUUUGACAAUCGAGUUUUAUGCACUCAAACAUCAACUUUACUGAAAUAUAACUCAAUUGCAGGAAUGAUGCAACUUCAUGGUCCUGUUUUUUGUGAAAUUAGCAACCAGGGCUUUAACGGAUAUACAAACUCUCAGAUUCCUGAAGAAGAUUUUCUUUUCAAGUUUAUUGAGAAAAAUCAAAUUGAUUUAAUGAUAUUAGGAGGCAAUAUUCAAGAGACAGGUAUCUCAUCUUAUUGUGAGGAACACGUUUUCUCAAUAGCUACCUGCGAAUCAAGAAGUGCUGCAGGAGUUAUGUUAUUAACAGGAGAUUUCAAGCCAUCUCCAAUUAUUUUUGUUACGAACUCUGAGCUUGAGAGAGGUAAAGCGAGGUUCCAAAUUGUUGACAAGAUUCUUCGAAAACCAGCUCCGGUUUCUAAAUCUCCAAGUGGUCCGAUCGCUAGAGCCAACAUUGUUAUACCUGGUCGAAGUAACUUAACAUCAGGAGUCAUGAAAUUCCACUCUGCAACUCCAAAGCCAAAUGAUAAAUCUCUGAAUAGAUCAUUAACUCUUCCGCCGAUGUAA